GAUUGGAACUUGUAAUUAAAGAUUCUGGAGGCCUCGUUAACGUUUCAAACUAAGGCAAAGCAAGAACGGAGUCGUCGGUAUGAGGCAGUUACCGUGGAUCUUUGUGUUUCUUCAAGUACUUCUGCUGACCUCGUUGCUCUCCUCGAGCCGGUCUGCCUCGACGAGAUCCCGCGGGAAAAAGAAGGUCGCCAAAGAAACGAAGGAAGUAAACAUUUGCGAAAUCGAGGACCCGCACGUACCGAUUUAUUGCUACUGCAACGACAACGUAGUCAGGAACGCGACGGAGGCGAAAUGUUUGGUUCUGAGCUCGUUAGAUCCAAACGAUCCGUCAUGGGACUACUUCGACUCGCAGAUCUACUUGCAGGAGCUGACGUUCAACGUGAAGAUGCUCGACAGCUUAGACUACAUACCCACGCAGCUGCUGCGGCAGCUGAAAAAUCUGCAGAAGAUCACGUUUCACUACGCGAAGAUCGCCGAGCUGCCCGAUUACGUGUUCUCGAAUCUGUCCACGAUCACGGACAUCGAUCUCAACAAAAAUUCCAUCACCGCGUUGAAGACGCACGCGUUCGAGAAUAUGAAGAGCCUGCGGGUCGUCAGUUUAAACGAAAAUCGAAUCACCGAGAUUAACAGACAUACGUUCGUAAAUCUGCCGUCGAUGAAGAGUCUCUUGCUCGCUCACAACAACAUCAGCACGAUGCACGACAAGGCUUUCAAGCAUUUGACCACCCUGGAAGAAUUGGAGCUGUCGGACAAUCGGAUCAAGGUGAUCACCGGUGACAGCUUUCACGGUUUACGGAAUCUGGUGCGACUCGAUCUUCGGAACAAUUUGCUCGACAUGAUCGGCGGUCGAACCUUUAUCGAAAUGCCGUCGUUGCAAGAGCUCGAGCUGGAUUCGAACAAGAUCGUAUAUAUUUCGGACAAGGCGCUCGAAGGUCUAAGAAACCUGAGGAAACUCAGUCUCAGCGACAACAAGCUCGCCACUCUCGAGCCGGACUUUCUGGCCGGUGCACCGGGUGUUUACUUCCUAGACCUUAGGGACAAUCAACUGAAAACGAUAACCUUCGAUAAUGUCAAGCCCAUCGUGACGAACAUGUACAACGUAACCAGCCACUUCUACCUGAACGGCAACAAACUGAUUUGUGACUGCAAACUGGCGUGGAUCUGGGGCCUGAGAAACGAGACAAAGAACAGGAAGCUACGGAAUGCCUUGGAGAAGCUCACUUGCUUCUUGGAAAGCAAUAACGCAUCGCAGAAGAUCAACAACGCGGACCUCGAAUGGAACGAGGAUUUCAAGAUUGCACGAAAUCCAAAGGAAUACGUGCCUGAAAGCUUGAGAACCGCGAACAUCGAGGACGACAACGCUUACUUGGGUGACGAAUACGAGACCGAAGAUGGCUACGAGGAUUCGAAUUUCGAUUUUCAGUCCAAGGUGCAGCUGAUAGAAGGCAAAUCGAUGCAGAUGAAGAAUCUAUUCGAGCUGAAGAUGGAGGAGCUACCGUGCCCGGAGCCCUCGAGAGAGGAUCUAAUGGCCUCCGAGCAGCCGUCGAGUCGGCACGAGAACGCUCCUGUGGGAUCCUCGGGUUCCAUCUGGUUUUCAUCUUCGGCGAAGACCAUCCACCUCGAGCUGCCCGUUCUCGUCUACCCCUUCAUCCUUUUGCUGUCGUUGCUCUUCACGUAGAAGCGGCUCCGUUCGUCGUACGACCCACUAAACAGAUCGAAAGGAUGGCCCACGGACGAGGACGAGGACAAAGACGAGAACGAAGACGAGGACGAGGAUGAAGACGAACACGAAC